AUCUGGCAUUGUAGACUAUAGAAAGAAGAAGAAAAACAUGUAAAUAUAACCAACACGUCACAAUAUUUGUAUCUUAUCUCAAUAUUAACAUAUUUAUAUUGAUAAAUCAUCAUUUUUCAUCAACAUUUUCGUACGUGUAAUAUUCCAAUUGAAAACGUGUAUAAAAUUAUAAAGAGAUUUGUAAGUUUUAUUUAGAUAUUAUUACGCAUAAAAAGUUUUCGAUUUACCAAAUUAUAAGAAUAUAUUAAGAUGACAGAAGGCCAAAGAGCGUUGAUUCUAGUUGGUGGAUAUGGUACAAGGCUAAGACCUUUAACUUUGAGUAGGCCUAAACCUUUGGUGGAAUUUGCUAACAAGCCAAUUCUUCUGCAUCAAAUUGAAGCAUUAGUCGAAGCUGGUGUUACAGAAGUUAUAUUGGCAGUUUCGUACCGUGCCGAACAGAUGGAACGAGAGUUAAGGAAGGAAGCUGAGAAGUUAGGAGUUAGUAUUCUAUUUUCCCAUGAGACUGAACCUUUAGGAACAGCAGGACCAAUAGCAUUAGCAAAGGAUCAACUUUCUAGGAGUACUAAACCUUUUUUUGUUUUAAACUCUGAUAUUAUUUGCGACUUCCCAUUCCGCGCUCUAGCCAAAUUCCAUGAAAACCAUGGAAAAGAAGGUACAAUUGUUGUUACAAAAGUAGAAGAACCAUCUAAGUAUGGUGUUGUUGUUUAUGGGAAAGAUAAUUGUAUUGAGAGCUUUAUCGAAAAACCUCAAGAAUUCAUAUCAAAUAAAAUAAAUGCUGGUUUAUACAUUCUCAAUCCCAGUGUCAUUAACAGGAUUGAAUUGAAACCAACUUCUAUAGAAAAAGAAGUAUUUCCACACAUGGCAAAGGAUAAACAACUAUAUGCCUUUGAACUGGAGGGUUUUUGGAUGGAUGUUGGACAACCUAAAGAUUUCUUAACUGGAAUGUGUUUAUAUUUGAAACAUCUACGUCAAACAAAUGAACAAAAAUUAUAUAAGGGACCUGGUGUAGUAGGUAAUGUUUUAGUUGAUCCUUCAGCCAAAAUUGGAAGUAACUGUCAAAUAGGCCCCAAUGUUACAAUUGGACCAGGAGUUGUAAUUGAAGAUGGUGUCUGUAUUAAACGUUCUACAAUUCUCAAAGACGCAACAAUUAGCUCCAAUUCGUGGUUAGAGAGUUGUAUUGUAGGCUGGAAAUGUUAUGUAGGAAAGUGGGUAAGAAUGGAAGGUUCUACUGUAUUAGGUGAAGAUGUGAUAGUUAAAGAUGAAACUUACAUCAAUGGAGGACAAGUUUUGCCCCAUAAAAACAUUUCAACAUCAGUUCCAGAACCUCAAAUCAUUAUGUGAAUGUGGCAACUAAAUAUUCAUAUAUAACUAUCAUAAGAUAAUUCACAACAAGUGUAUUGUUAUUAUAGCAACAAAAUAUUGUGAAUAUAUUCAAUUAUUGUGCAAUAUUUUAGAAGUAAAAAUGAGUGGUAAAUUUAUAAUUUCUCAAGUGAAGGUAUUAAAGAACAAGUAUCAUAUUUCAAGCUCUUGAAAUUUAUGCUGUAUAUUUGUACUAAGUCUGUGUAAUGAAAAAUUUUUAUAUUUUAAUAUAUCUGCCUUUAUCAUUAACCUUUAUUUUAUAGUUGAGUCAAAUCUUAUUAAUAAUUAACAAAUUAAUUCAACAUUUGAUUCUAAAAACAUAAAAUAGAAAUGGCACAAUAAUUACUUGGAACAUACAUAGUCUGCAAUAUUCAAUAGAGGUACAAACUACUAUACAGCAAAACACUCCAUUUUUUCCAAAUCUAUCAUUUUGUGAAACAUUUAGUAGAAAAUAUGAAAAGUUCAAUCUAAUUCCAUUAUGUUUAAUUCUUAAAAAAGGUAAAUCAUUCAAACUGUAAUACACAUGUGAGAUCUUCAUAUUUAGUUUUGUUUAUUUCCUCUAAUAGCAUUCAGUUUGUAAUAGCAACUAAUUCUUGUUUAGUGUGGAAUUCUCAUUUCAUUAUAUCUCAUAAAUGUUCUAGCUUCAAAAUAAUAUUCUUACCAUUAUCUGUAAAAAAAGCAAACACCUACUUUGGUACGUACCAUGACAUACAUUACGUUUUCUCAUAAUUCAUAUAAAGAUCGUACUUAUUGUGGAUUCACACAAUCGUUUUUCGCUUGAAAUCAAAUGGAGAAUUCAUCACUUGUAGACUGGUUUCAGUGUAAUUGCCUCUCAUCAGUAUAACGUAUUACUUUUUGAUUGGGAGUAUAAUCUCAAUAGAAGACAAAAAUAAUAUAUACAUGAGACAAAUUGGUCAAGACUCGGGCCAAUCCCCUUUACUGCGAGUGACUGAAGUUUUUUUUUAAAUAGGAGGUUGCCAUUAGAAACGUGCACUUACUAACGUUUCAACAACAAAGAGGUAUAUUGCAAAAGCUUAAAACAUUAUUUUUUAAAAUUAUGGAUCAGUAGUACAUACGAAAACUAUGGAAUAUUUUUCAGAGAAAUAGUACAUAUUUAUUAGCACUCCCAAAGAAUAAGUAUGCAAUAAACUAUCUAUUUUCUGUUCACGAAUUCGUACACAAGAAGUUCCAUUGGAGCUAUACUAUAUCAUUAUAUUUUGUAAACCAACUUUUGAUUUACAAACAAAAAUAUUUAUAUAAAGUGCACAUUGAUAAAUGUAAAUUUAGUAUGAGGCGACCCUUUCAAAAUUUCUGGUAUUAUUCGCUCAUAUGAAGAAGUGUUAGCUUUUUUAAUAUUCGUAGUAUUAUGACGUAAUUACGUUGACGUAAUUAAUUGUCAAUGUCAACGAAAAGGUCAUGUUUUGUAAUUCGUCCAAAUUUUUAUACUUUGUCGUUAAAUUUAAAUAAUUUUUAACGCAACUUGCCAGUAUCGAAAAAUCAGCGGGAGUGAUAGGUAAGUGUGUGUUUUAUGAAUGGAAGUUUGUCUUAUUUCGCUUUUUAAUUACUUGAUAUACAUUGUUUUUAUUGAUAAAAACAAAAAGGAUUAAAUUUUGACAUUAUUUAUUGAUUUUAUUUAAACUACCUUACAGCCAAGUAUAAUUCUC